UCCUCAAAACCAGUUAAACCGUCUACUGGGCAUGAACAGUAGAAGCAGGAACGGUUUGGCAGCGAACCGUUGUGUACAGCCCACCGAGCCCACUGGAUUUCCGGGCCCACAAGGCCCAACCGCCGAUGGGGUCGGAGUCUUGCGGUCUUCCUAAACCCCUCCUCCCCCACCAACUUCAAAACCCCUUUCUCCCCUUGAUCCCUCUCGUGCUCCGCCUCGGCUGGUCGUCGUCGCCAUUGCCGCCUCCGCCGCCCCGCCGGACCCUUUCUAAGAGGAGUGCUGGUGGGAGGAAUGGCUAGGAUGCAGAUAAAUUCGAAGGAGCAAGAGGUUCAUAGAGUGGCCAGGAAAUUUCAUGAGCUACAGCAAAAUGAAAUGAUUGGGAGUGUUCUAAAACAAAGAAUUGUUGAUGACGAAGACUACUGUGAUACUACUUGCUCUGCUGGUGAAGACAGGUAUCCUGGUUGGCCUGGAACCAGUGUCUUCAGGAUACUCAUUCCUGCACAAAAGGUUGGUGCGAUAAUUGGUCACGAAGGAGAGAGGGUUAGAAGAUUGUGUGAGAAGACUAAAGCCUGCAUCCGAAUUAUAGGCGGUCAUCUUUGUGCAGCAGAGCAUGCUGUUAUCAUAUUUGCAAAGGAGCAGCCUGAUGAGCCAAUACCUCCAGCCUUGGAUGCACUACUAAGAGUAUAUCGGCAAACAAUUAAUGAUGAUGCUUUAGAUGUGGGAUCUAAUAGUAUUAUUGUGACAAGGAUUCUUACACCAAGUGAACAGGCAGAAAGCCUUAUUGGCGAGCAGGGUGUGAUGAUAAAUUCAAUCAUGGAAGCUACUCAAACCAACAUAUGUGUCCUUGAUGGUGACCUGCCGCCUGUUGCACUGGAAGAAGAUAGGGUUAUUGAAAUAUGGGGACUGCCUGCACGAGUGCAUAAGGCUUUGGAACUUGUUGCUUCUCAUCUGAGAAAGUACCUGGUUCACCCAAGUGUCAUCCCAUUGUUCGAACCUCAUGUGCCUGUGCCAAUCUUCCACAUGGACAUGCCUCCAGGUCACUUCAUUGACCAUCCUGAGGGCCUUGGGCAUGCAGUUAGUCCAGGCUAUCGUUCUGUAUUUGCUGAAGAUCUUCAGCGUGAACCAUGGAUUGACACUUGCUAUUUGAGGGGUAGGCAUCCUAUGGGAAAUCUUUCACAUGCUGAUACAUUUGAAUACAGAUGGGAAGCACCUGCAUCUUUCAGGAGAUAUCGAUGGGUUACAUCACCAAACCAUGGUAUAAGUGCAUAUGGGCCAGAAGCAUCUUCAUCUAUGGAAUUAGGUUCACACCACAACCUGACUUAUGGAUUGCGAGCAACUCCAAAUGGUCCACCAGCUACUGUUGAAAGAAUACGCUCCCUUAUAUCUGUGUAUGGACAACAAGCACAUCCAUGGAGACAAACAUAUCAAUCAGCCAAAAUGGGUAAACAUCCUCACUUUGGAGUGUCUUUACAUGGAAGUGAAGCUCAUCCAGCCAAGGUAUCUCCGUCAGAUGCUACUGAACUACCUCCAACUGAUGGUAUUUCUGCAUGUGAACGAGAAGCAUCACUAUCCUUCAAGAUGCAUGCACCAACUACUGUUGAAAAUCUUCUGCACUGCCGCAUAUCUGCAUGUGGGCCAGAAGCACCACCACGUGUGGCUCCGCCUUCAUUAACUAGUCAGUCUACAGCAGUUCCUUCUCAGGUUAAGAAAAAGAUGCAAGUUCCAAUAUUCUAUGCUGAAGCUGUAAUUGGCCCAACUGGUGAAAGAAUUCAAUACAUUCGUCGUGCCAGCAGGUCGAGCAUUUUGAUAAACGACUCUGAGGAGGGCGCAAUGUCUAUUGAGAUCUCUGGAAGUGCUGCAACAGAUGUUCUAACUGCAGAGCAGCUGAUUAAGAACUUUAUGGCUGAAGGGGCUGCUGCGUCCCCUGGUCACAGUUUCGACUUCAUUCCAUCAUAUUUGCCAGCACCCAGAUCUCCCCAAGCUGAUAUUCUUACUACUUCCAAGACAAGCGGAGUGUCCACUUUGCCAGAACGGCGCCUGCAAACAAUUUACUGAAAGCCCCCAAAAGUUAUAUUUCUGCACAUAUUACCAAAGAUACCCAAACACCAAUACCGGCAUCACAGGAAAUUCUGUAACAGUAAAUUCACCAGAUGUUUUUGAUAUUCAUCCAGUUACCCAGA